UUUUUCUUCCCAUAUGUUUUUACGAUUGUGAAAUAAGUGGAAUAAAUAAGUCAAUUUGUCAAGAAAGUUUCAAGUUAAUAUAUUUAAUAUUUUUCAUUGAAAAUGGGAAAGGAACAAGUAACUCUGCCAGAUGAAGAUUUGGACUGGAUCCAAAUGCGUAAGGAUUUCGGUUCAUUUCAACCGGAAACAACUAAGGAAAAGAUGAUACGCAAAAUCAAAGAAAAUCCAGCUGUGCCAAUUGGUUGUUUGGCGACCGCCGGCGCUUUAUCUUACGGUCUAUACAACUUUCGUACCGGAAAUCGACGUAUGUCUCAACUCAUGAUGCGCACCCGUAUUGCUGCGCAAGGCUUCACGGUGCUAGCGUUAGUUGUUGGUGUUGUUAUGACGUAUGAUACUAAACAAUAAAGUCAACUGGCCGGCCCAGUCAAAUGUUGGAGCAAACAGCUCACUGCGAAUAAAGAAUGGGAGGGUUUUUAAGCAAUAUAUUGCAUUUUCACCCAAUCAUAUGUUUGUUUAAGCAUUCUAUAUAAAAUGCUAUAAGUUUGAAAAUCGUUUUGCUUAUUCGUUUUCUUUUUAUAUUAUAAAACUUGUUGCAAAAGCUAAAAAAAAGUUAAAUGCGCAUUGGAUUAAAUUAAAGCACUGAGAUAGUACAUUGGGAUGUAGAUAUGUGGACAUCGUCUAUUAUUUUAAAAGUAAUUUGUUUAUAUGAAUAUAUUUUUAUUUUUGAAUUUCCGUGUAAAAAAUAUUUUAUGGUACGACUUAUUAUUUUAGGGAGAAACGUUAUAAAUAUAAAUUGAAUAUUGUUGAAUUUUAA